AUGUCUCUUACUGGUCCGCCGGAAAUAUGCCAAUCCUGCAGUCAGAUUUUCAUGAAGGACAGAGUCUACGAGUUGCUCAAGGCCGGGGACUUACGCUACGAGCGAACUCUGGGCAGUAUGCUUGAGUCAGCCGAAGCUGGGUGCAUUCUGUGUCGAAACCUCCUACUCCUCGGCUAUGAAGAGUCUAACCGUGAGGGCUCCUGGUAUGGCCGUCCCCCUAGCCGAUCAUUCUACGCGGUUGAUCCGGCUGAUCCAGCAUGGCCUUGGGCAAGUGAGCAGAGGUGCACCGAGGAUGAGCUUCUUGAGAUGGUUUGCAGGGAUCAGACUUGCGUGGCCACUUUCACCUUCAGUGGAGACAGUCGGGAGUCCUCGUGGAUAGAGGUUAGGUCUUCACUAGCCGAUGACAGGGAACGUGCUGUACGUCAAAGGGAACUUGACAAAGCUAUGCGGAAUGAUGCCGGCUCCCCCCGUGGUAGUGUUGAGUUGUCUGAUAUGAUCUGGCUCCCUAGCUCCCAUUUCGAAAUUUCUGCGAGCAUCGACGAUCCGGCUGCUGAAUUCAUAUCAAAACGGCCUAAAUGUCUGGAUAUAGGGUCAGACCGUGCUUUCGCUUUAGCUCGGGACUGGAUCACGGAUUGUGAAGAGAACCAUGAAGAUUGUCCGGAGCUCGGUCAUUCCAUCCUCCCCACCCGUGUCAUAGACGUCCUGUCUCAUAGAGAUAUCGAUGGAGACCCGCAACGAAUUCGAUUACGUCUCGGGGCGGGAGAAUGCGCACCUUACGUCGCCUUAUCUUACUGCUGGGGUGGCGCACAACCGUUCACAACGACUUCUUUAACGUUGCAAGAUCGCCUCCAGGGAUUCUUUCUAUCUUCACUUCCUCGGAGUCUUCAGGAUGCGGUGACUGCCACACGAAAGCUUGGUCUCAGAUACUUAUUCGUUGAUGCGCUAUGCAUCAUCCAAGAUUCUCAGGAAGACAAGGAUAGCGAAAUGGCCAAAAUGGGAGAGGUCUAUCACGAUUUCCGCCUCAAAUUCACGUAG